UUUUCAUUACAUUUUCGUGCGGGGACUGAACAAGUUGUACGUUUCUAAUUUCUACAUAAUUUCCAAAGGGAAAAAUAAGUCAGUUUCUUAAUAAACGAGAAUAGAAAAGAGAUAUUACUCCCUGGCCAUGUUUCCCAACAACCCAAGUCCACCCCUGUUCUCGCCCGAGGGUCGCCUCUAUGAGGUGGAGCAUGCCAUGGAGGAGGUGGCCAAGGCAGCUCCUAGCGUUGCCAUUCUGGCCGAAGAUGGCAUCGCGGUGGCCGCCAUCCAGGAGGACUUGUUUCCCCUUAUGGCCAAGCAGAGUGCAUUGGGCCAUAUCUUUCGUGUGGACCAUGACAAUGCCUGUGCCGUGACCGGAAUAAUGACGGAUGGUUUCAAGCUCGUGUCGGUGAUGUCCACAUACUCGCAGCGCCAUCGCCGGGCCUACGGGGAACUGAUGCCCACGGAGCGUCUGGUGGAGAAUAUUUGCCGCAAGAAGCAAAGCUACACCAUGUACACCGGGAAGCGUCCCUUUGGCAUCGCGGUGAUCUACAUGGGCUGGGAUUCGGAACGUGGCUGGCAGAUCUAUCAUUCCGAUCCCAGCGGCAACUACGGUCGCUGGAAGAGUUCAUGCAUCGGACGACAUGCACAUCGGGCCCAGGAGUAUCUCGAUCAGAUGCUUGUGGGGAAACCAUUGCCAUCCCUUAGUUUGGCCAAUGAAUUGGCCAUUAAAGCCAUCAAGGUGGCCAUGGAGGGUAUCCAACUAACCGGUUCCGCUAUCCAAAUGGCCACCAUGCAGCGCAAUCGCACGGUGACCAAGUUUCACACUGUGGCGGAUAGCGUUGUUCAAGAUCUCUACAAUCUCCAUUGCGCCGGUCCUUAAGCUGCU